AUGACGAAAGACCGAUUUCGCGCAAAGCCAGACAAUGAGUACCAGCCUAAGCAUUUGCAAGCUCUGAACGAGCGAGCUGACGACCAAAUCGCACCCAAAGCGGCAGCGCAGUCGAUCGACACUCUUCAACGAUGGGCACUUGCCACUGCGAACAUUGCCCAGAGCGGUCAUCGAGCCAAUGAAUCCCAGACUGUUGAACGUAUCCGGAACAGAUACAAGAGUGAGCCACCUUCGCAGAGCCUGUUUCAGAAGCUCGAUCUCGACGUGGACGCAGCUCGUCCAGACUCUACUCUACAAAAUACAGCGUCGAAGGAGAGGAAGCACUCCAUAUCACCCGCUGGCUCUUUACAGCUGACCACGCUCUACUCAAGAGAGACCACUGAGUUAGAUGCGCGACAGGCGAAGCGGUGCAGAUCAAAGUCACCGGGCGUCAGCAGUAUAGAUGAGGACGACACAUGCGUAGUUGAGUGA